AUGACAAUCAAUUCUGACAACACUAUGCCUUGCACGAGCAAAAAGCGGAGACUCAUCUGCAGCGAGGAGCCUGCUCGCGCGGGCAAAAGACCUCGAGCGGACUCCAAGAAGCCGCCGCCAAUAACGCUCCAUGGCUCCGCUCGCCAUGUUGCGGCGCCUGCAAGCGCACCAUUGCUUUGCACUCGGUCGUCCUUCGGCCUCUCAGAGUACGGAAUCCCGGCUUCACCUCAGUUGUACUACAAAGAGGGGGUGGCUGCGCCGAGCCCCAUUCAACCCCAAUGGGCCGUGCGAGCCCUGGUCCACUAUCACCGGGUCCCAGCUCGUCGACACAGCCUCGGCGAGCCCGGACAGGUCAAUGUUCCUGUUCGUGUCAACGUCCUAAGUCUGCAGCCCAUCGUGCUCUGCAGCGUGCAGCAAACCAUCCCCAAAGCCGCGGUUCUGCACCCCAUCACUAACCCUAACCACGCUGCGAGAAGUAUCCCCGCGACCGACCCCACCCUCCUCGAGCCCCUUCGCACCCAAAUCCCAAAGGAGGUCCUCCCACUCGCAGCCCGGCUGCACGAACUCCUGUACCCUAGCAAAUGCCCGGCGACCGACCCACUGACCUGUGAAUGCCUUCUGGCGCAGAUGCAGGGCUGGUCGUCCCCUUCCGCCACCGACAUCCGGCAGUAUCGCCUCACCUCCGACCCCACUGCCCUAACGACUAUGACCAACUUCCACUCCCGAAUCAUGCACUUCGUGGAAGACUACAUGACCCAAACCUGGUCCACCUUCGCCCAACGCUUCCCCACCCACCCACCCACGCCCCCUUCCCGCGCGGAAUACCUUCGCGUCAUCCGAACCUUCUAUGUCCACGAACUCUGCACCCGGGAAAUGGCCCUCACGCGCCGCGGGAUCCCGACCCGCGGGCCCGCGCGCGGGUUCGUCCGCGAGGAGUACAAGGCCGCCCUAGACGCCUCCUGGCGCAACCAGGUCACGCAGCUGGCAGCCUGGGAAGCGGAGCAGCUGUUCUGCGUGGCCACGUACUUGCGUGGCGUGUUCGAUUCGCUCCUCGACCGCGAGCUGCAUCGCGUGCGGCUGCAUCGGCUCGAGGACGGGAUGCGGCCGCUCCCGCGCGAAGAUUGCGAGUUUCACGGCAUGCCGCUACUGUACCGCGCUUGGGUGGAACGGGUUCCCGUGCAGAGGCAAAGGACGCUGCAGGCGGCGGAUCGCGGAUACCUCUGGUUGAUUACGAGUCAGAAUCUGGGGAAUUUCCUGCGGACGGUGGGUGGGCAUCGGAGCGCGGUGCGCUGGACCGGGAGUCUGUUUCGCGAUGAUGUCUCCGGGGCGCAGGCGGCGUGGCGUUGGGCGCUGGGGAAGGGCGAGGGGAUUGUGUUGGUGGGGCGGAGGCGCACGGCUGAGGCCAGGGGGUGGGGGUAUGUGUUUCUUGAUCGGGAGCGGUUGGCGAGGCAUGGGUCUUUGACGGGGCCUUUUGUGCGGAUGGGAGGGGCUAGUGAGGAGUGA